CCUUGCGCUCGAGAACAUGGCGGCGUCCUGGUGGAGGUUUUGAGGGGGGCCCAAGUUCGUAUGGCGUUGGCGUCGGGGCCCGCGAGGCGGGCACUGGUUCGCCCUGGGCGGCUCGGCCUUGGGGACUGCGCGGCUCCGAGACGCGGGGCGUACGAGUGGGGCGUGCGCUCCACGCGGAAGCCCGAGCCUCGUCCCCUGGACAGGGUGUACGAGAUCCCUGGACUGGAGCCCAUCACGUACGCGGGGAAGAUGCACUUCAUGCCCGGGCUGGCGCGGCCGGUCUUCCCGCCCUGGGACCCCGGUUGGACGCACCCAAAGUUCCGCCGCCCGACCCCGGUUCACGAGCAGCCGCUGUACAAGGAUCAGGCCUGCUACGUCUUCCACCAGCGUUGCCGCCUCCUCGAGGGUGUAAAGCAGGCCCUCUGGCUUACCAAAGCCAAGUUAAUAGAAGGCCUUCCCGAGAAAGUGCUUAGCCUUGCCGCUGAUCCAGAGAACUACAUAGAGAACCAAGAUGAACGCCUUCUGAACGUGAUCUCUCACGCCCGUCUCUGGCACUCCACUGAAGACACCCCGAAGAGAGAGGUCUACUGCCCAGUCAUUGUGGACAGUCUGAUACAGCUGUGUAGAUCCCAAAUUCUCAAGCAUCCUUCUCUGGCCAGACGGAUGUGCGCCAAAAACUACACGUUAUCCACCACCUGGAGUCGAGAGUCUUUCCUCCUUCAGGUCCGUGGUUCCAGUGGAGCCCGACUGAAUACCAAGGAUCCGCUGCCCACCGUCGCCUCCAAGGAGGAGGUUGAAGCUACUGAGAAUCACGUUCUUGAGACCUUCUAUCCCAUAGCCCCCACUGUGGAUCUUCAGGAAUGCAGUGUUUAUGAUGUGGAAGACAGCACGGGAUUCCAGGAGGGUUAUCCUUACCCCUAUCCCCACACCCUGUAUUUCCUGGAGUCAGCCAAUUUACGACCACACCGCUUUCAACCAGAUCAGCUGCGGGCCAAAAUGAUCCUGUUUGCCUUUGGCAAUGCCCUGGCUCAGGCCCGGCGCCUCUAUGGGAAUGACACUAAGGUUUUGGAGCGGCCAGUAGUUGUGCAGAGUGUGGGCACCGACGGACGUGUCUUCCAGUUCCUGGUGCUGCAGCUGAACACCACAGAGCUGGCCUCUAACAAGGGCGUCAAGAAUCUGGUCUGGGUGGACUCAGACCAGCUCCUCUAUCAGCAUUUCUGGUGUCGCCCAGUGAUCAAAAAGAAGGUGGUUGUGGAACCUGUUGGGCCAACUGGUUUCCAGCCAGAGACAUUCAGGAAGUUUUUAGCUCUGUAUUUGCAUGGUGCUGUGUGAGCCAAGGACCAUUCUGAGGUCUGAAGCCCCCUUGCCCCCCUCCCGCAGAAGAUCCUGUAUCCAGAGCAGUGCUGGGCCUGCCCGGAGCCUCCGUGCUCAUCCUGCCUGCUGUCUGGCUGCCAAUAAAGAGCCUUCUGGUACACUGGAGCCUGGGCCUGGUGUGGGGGGCCGUCAGGAGGGGCGCCCGUAGCUGUACGUGGGCCGCACUGUGAGCCGGCCUCCGUGCAGGUGCAAGCUCGGGAGCCUGACCUGCCCCACCUUGAGCCCGGCUCUGCCCACAGCCCACUUGGACUUUAGAUAAGAAUCUUCGUCUCUUUGAGUUUCACCUUCUUCACCUGAAACUUGAGAGUAACAUGGCCUCCCUUGUUUUGAAGACUGUAGAUGCGUCUAGAGCAUCUGCCAUAGGAUAGGUGCUCUCUGAUGCUCCCUGGGUUCUCACGGGACUCUCUAAAUUGUGGGCACAUUUCAUAAUGCCUGCAGGAAAUCUGAAUAGAACAUUCAUCGUACAUUUCUCCCUAGCAUCCGGGUUAAUAGACCAAGUACAUCCCUGGUUCUGCUGACCUCUCUGUUCACAUCACAUCCAAGUUCUGCUCGGGGCCCAGCACCUUAGGUACAGCACCCUGUUUAAUCCUCACAUGUCGUUUCCGCGCUCAGGGAAGUGGUUGAGCGCCCAUGUGCUGGGCACUGUUCUGCGCCCUCGAGAUAAGGGAACUCCAAUAGUAUAAGGUCCCCUAGGUCACAUGGCGGGUGGUACAGGUCAGCUUCCUAGGAGAACACUUAGGGAUGUGCAGGUGAGUUUGGGGAGGGCCUGGAGGACCAGCCCCUGUGGGGAGUGAUGGGGCAGUGCUGGGCAGAGAGCCUGAGCUCCGUGGGUUUGCAUCUGACGUCUCGGCCAGCUCCCAGUUCUGUGGCUGCUCUGAAGCAAGAGCUGUCCCAUCCAGAGGUGAGGAGCUGAGCCUUUCUGCGUACACCACUGGCCUGCCACCAGUCACCGGAGUGUGUGCACACGGUUCCUCAGAGUGGGAGAGAACUCAGGGGAGGUGGUGGGCGACUCCCCGAGGGACUUGGCUGGGAGCAGGGAGCCACGGAAGCAGUCAGGUGUGCCCUGCUGCAGGGCCUCCGAGGAGCCGUCCGGGAGCACCUGACGUAACGGCCUUGAGAGCUUGUGAAUGGCAAAGUGGAGCUCCUACCUGUGUGGCUCCCAUGCUCGUCCUCCAUCUACUUUGCAACUUACCUUUUAGGCUUGGUGGGAUGGUGGUGGCAGCUCGGAGCCAGGCGGGGCUGGCUGAAACCCCUGGAGACCAGUGGAAGGUGGGGGGGCAGGCUGAGGGCAAAGCCAGCUUGUGGGAGGGAGGCUGUGAGUCCGCCAACCGCGCCAGCCAACUGCCAGCAGGUGACCUUGCAGUUCAAGGCUGCCCUGGGAGGGGCCAGUGCUGCAGGGUGGGCCUGGGCAGCAGUCCACCUUGAGUAACAACAGCCCUAGUGGGCUGGCCUUGGUGUGUCCCCUGUGGAUCUCAGAGCUGAACUCUGGUCCCGCGCAGCUGAGCUGCAAGGUGAGGCAGACAGGACUGCUGUGUUUUACCCCCCGCACUACAGGAAGGGGAACUGAGGCUCAGAGACCGAGUGGUGUUAUGUAGUGUGAAGAGCUGGAAGUCUCACACGUGAUGACAGCUGCCUUUUCCACAGAGCGGUCUCCACUUGCCCCAAAUCCCAAGUGCCCACAACCUCAGCCUCCCCACCUGCAUCCAGGAUAGGCUUGCUGCCCAGGGUGAAGAGUCUGGCCUGUCUGCAGCAGCACAGCGUCUUCUAGCUGUCACCUCACCCCCCACCCCAACACACACAGCACGGAUCUCCUCAUCCCCAGCCGGACCACGGUGGCACCUAACGCUAGGUCAGGCCUGGGGACUGAGCCCUGAGGUUCCCCGCUACAGACCUCCUCUAGGGGCAGUCCAGCAAUUCUGCCCAGUUUAAAAGCACGUGCUGGGAGCCGGAGCUACGGAACGAGCCCUGGUCUCUUCUCCAGGAGCUCCCAGUUUGCCAGCAGACGCUAACAGCAGUCUGCUCUGGAUCCAUGGAAGCCGUGAAGGCCACCUUUCCCCUGCCUGAGCUGCUGCCCACAGGUAACAGUAUGCAGGGGAGACUACCCAACAAACAUCCAGUCCCUCCAUGAAUGAGCGCCCGCUGGGUGACUCUGGGGACAGGGAACACUCAGAUGUCCCCAGCUCUGAGGAACGCCCCGCCUGAGGUGCUUGCUGUGGGGGGGGGGGGGGGGAGGCACAGGCCGAAGAGUGGCAGGGAGGGCGCUCGGUAUUGUCACCCCGUAAGCAGGGGUCGGGGAGACGGUGAGGCUCGAGGCAGGAUCCCCUCCCAGCUCAGCACCCCGCACCAUGGCUGCAGCCUGCCUGGAGAGUGCCGGCGGCCUGGGGCCCGCUGGCAGAGGCUCGGGGCUCCCGAACAAAAGCCUUCAGAGCCGAGUGCGGCUCAGUCCCAGUCUGGGUGCGUCUGCCCCAGCCGUGAGGUCUGCCGAGUCAGAGGCGUCUGUGUGGAGAAGAGCCCAGAAACCUUGCUCAAGAGGAGGGAAGGGCGAGAUGCGAGCUGCUCCCGGCACCCUGUUCGGACUCCCCGUCCCAAGCAGGUGUGCAGGGGCACCGGCGGCCCCUCCGGGUGCAAGCCCCUCACAAGCGCCAGCUCAUCCUCACAACCACCCUGCGAGGAAUGUUUAAAGAUGAGGAAACAGGACAUGGGGAGGAACGCACUCGCCCACGGCCACAGGGAAGUAGUGGCAAAAACAGAUCUGAAACUGGCAGUUUGCGUCUGGAAGGGUCAGACCUCGUGAAGGUCUACUGAGCCCACAUUUGGCUCCAACACGGUUUCCCUCCCCUCCUGCGGGCCGGGAGCAAGGUCCCGGGAGCUCGAGGGAAGCAGAAGUCCUACUUUCUAAAUGUGCACACCCGCACAACCCACGGCUUACGUGGCCCCGGCUCUACUGUGUGGAUGGAGGCUGGGACUGGGUCUCCCCACGUCUGCCCACCCCCUGCCAGGAUGCCAAAGGCUACCCUGAAAAAUCCUUGGAGGUGAAAACAAGACCAAACUGAAAACAGGAGAAUCAGGGUCCCGGGGGGGGGCCCCCAGCCUUGGCCUAGGGUGGAAUCCACCCGAGUGGGAAAGGCUGUGUGGCUACAGCUCCCGGGGGCCCCCCUGGCCUGUGUGGACCCCCCGCGGAACACGGAACCAGGAACCUCUUCUACUUGCUGAAAAAUACCUUCUGGCAAACCAGCGUGUGUCUGCAAGACAAAAAGCUGAAGGUGCAUUUUAGAAUGCCCCCAGAUGUCUGACAUGAGACUGUGGCCUUCCUUCCCAACCCCCCAUCCCAAAGGCCACUACUACCCUGCAGAGCAAAUGCAAAAUACAGAUUAACACGCCCAGGAAAAGAGGGUGGACACCUUGAACACAAAACAAGAUCUUAUUAUGCACCAGCAACAAAAACUGCCCAACCAGUCACCUUGCAUUCUGUAGUCAGUAUAAUAAACUCCGGCCCACGUCCCCCAUCCCCCCCCAAACAUGUCAGGAAGGGCUGCGGAAAAAAGAUGUCCCUUUAAUAAAAGGUUAUCAACAUAUAUCGUACACAAACUACAAUGUAUCAUAAUUACUUUUUUUUUCCUCUCUUAAUUCAGAACCAGACUACAAGGUAAGAAAAAACACAAACAGCUACAAUGUUCCCAAUAAUCCGCACAAGGUCUUUUUUCAGGCAGAUGGUAUCUCACAUAGUAUGAUAUACAUGGAUCAGGGAGGGAGGGAGAACAGACAGCAGCUACAGGGGUGUGGGGAGGAGGGGCUGUAAAUGUACAAAGAAUUCAGGUGUCUUCAGGGCAAGACACAGAGGUUUCGAUGGGAGCGGUGAGGUGAGGGAGGCCGUGAGUCACCCCUCCUGGGAGGGGACAGCCUCCACUGUCGCAUUUGUCGGUUUUUGAAAAUAAAAACAGGACCGAACCAGCACGUCUGUUUGAUUGGUGUCCCCCGCCCCCCACAGCUAUUCCGAAGUCUUUCCAUCCAGUUCCAAGCGUAUACAGAGCAAUUCUGGUCAAUUUCCCAUCUUUGAAAAAGAAGCAAGAAUCAAGAGAAAAAAACCCAAAAACAAAAGAAAAC